UCUCUCCAGAUCAUUCCCUCUCUCAGUUUUGGACGACCUUCUUCUCCCUCCAAAGGUGUUUGUACGUUAAUUACUUGUUGAGUGCUGUACCGUAUUGUUGGUAAUCCUUAUUAAUUGAUAAGGUGUUGAAUCUUUUGAUAAUCACCCGUAGACAUACGUGUUUCCAAGUACAGCAUUCUCUUAGUAUACAUAGAGGUCAUACAUAUAGAGAAGAAGGUCUGAGUUCAAGCAAGAUACACGCGCGAAUAAUUAAAUGGCACCUGUAUCAUUGCCUCCUGGUUUCCGAUUUCACCCAACAGACGAGGAACUCGUUGCUUAUUAUCUAAAAAGAAAGAUUAAUGGGCGGAAAAUCGAAUUAGAAAUCAUCCCCGAAGUCGAUCUCUACAAAUGUGAGCCAUGGGAGUUACCAGAGAAGUCAUUCUUGCCAAGCAAAGAUCUUGAGUUGUUCUUUUUUAGCCCUCGAGAUCGGAAGUACCCUAAUGGGUCUCGAACUAACAGAGCAACUCAAGCUGGUUAUUGGAAAGCCACUGGUAAAGAUCGAAAAGUCAAUUCCCAAACGCGUGCAGUGGGGAUGAAGAAAACCUUAGUCUACUAUAGAGGAAGGGCACCUCAUGGUACCAGGACUGAUUGGGUUAUGCAUGAAUAUCGACUCGAUGAGAGAGAAUGUGAAACUGCGUCGGGGCUACAGGAUGCCUACGCUUUGUGUCGUAUAUUUAAGAAGAGUGCAGUAGGACCUAAAACAGGGGAGCAAUACACUACUUCUCGAAGUGUUAACCCUAAUUGUAACCAACAGUGGACAUCUGACCAUCAGCAUGCUCAUUCAUCUACCAUUGAAUUGUCCUCAGAAGGAAGGGCUUCAGAUUUCGAGAGCUCUGGUUAUCCUUUUCCAUCAGAAACAUGCUCACAAAAUGUGGCUCGAGGAAUGUCAACAUCAUCAUCAUUCGAUUUUGAUGGCUUGUCUAGAGAUGGUAAAUGGAUGCAGUAUUUGGGAGACGAUGGAUUUGGAGCCACAACCCCAGCAUUUGCUAACCACGGGCAAAUGCCCUAUCUUCCAUCAAAGGUUGAUAUAGCGUUAGAGUGCGCAAGGUUACAGCAUAGACUAUCAUUGCCUCCAUUGCAAGUGGAUGACUUCCCCGAAUUCGACUUCACAGACUCAAAAUCGCAGCAACAACAAUGCGCGGUACCAUAUAGGCAAAACACCACUGGACCAGAUAUUUUACAAGAGAUACUUUCAGUUGCUAGUGCAUCUCAAGAAUUGAUAGACGGACCAAAUAGUUACAAAGAAACAUGGGCUGGCAAUUAUUCUAGUUACUUGGAUGAGUUUGUCAUGUCUUUACCGGAAAUAGGACAAAUAGAUCAAGAUCAUUGCUUAGUCGGUGAUAUAAGUUCCUCCAUAGCCAUAAAUAAUCCUUGGGGAGUAGAACGCGGUAGGUUUAUUGAUAUCAACGAUUUAGAGGAAGAAUUCAAGACUGACAGUCUCACUGACAGUAGGAUGGUAGAAAAUCUGAGAGGGGUUGGAAUGUCACCCAAAGAUCUCGAGAAGACAAUGCUGGAAGAACACAAGAUGGUUCCAAUUGAGAAUGUCUCCGGUUUCCAAAGAAGAGAGGGAGAAGACGUGAUAGGAGAUACUAAUAAUAACUUCGACCAAUGUAACGAAGAGAACUCAAAUGAUUUCUCGAAUCCUGAAAAUAAUGGAAUCACUUCGGAAAGGGGGACAACGGAUGAUUUUUUGAGUAUGCCAACUUUUGAAGUUUACGAGAAAAUUGAAUUUAAGCAUGGAAUGUUUGUUUCAAGUCAUCAGGUAGCUGAUACAUUCUAUCAUCAGAUGGAGCCCUCCAAGACUGUUACGGUUCAUCUUAAUCAGGUAACGUCGCAUGAUUUCCCAAUUAUGAAACCAAAAGCGAACAUCUCGACAAGAGUUAAAAAUCGAAGUUCAUCAUCUAAUCUUGGGAAUUCUAAGGUCAUGGGGUUAACCCAAGAUUCAGAUAAACCGACAUGCACGUUUUCUGACUUAUUAUCCAUAUCAAUGAAAGUUGUCAUCCAUAUAGUUGCACUUCUAUUGACAACUUGUAUGUAUGAGGAACAUCAUUCCAAUGAUGCAACAAUGCUGAGAGAUGAGUUUUCAACCAGUUGCAAACUUGUGAUCCAAAAUAGAGAUGAUGAGCAAGAAUACUGCAGUAGUCUUCGACAGAGAGAGAAGGUCAUGACACUAACGGUUGGAAGUAGUCAUUAUAUUUCAUGUAACACUACUGAUGAUCAGAAGAGUGGUGUUUGCGUUACUGACGUUGGGGAAGGAUACAAUGCAAGUGUACUUUUUAACAAGAAAUGGUCCUUCUUUGCAACUGCUUUAGCUAUCAUUGCAUUAGGGUUUCAUCAUACGACAUGUUUCCCUUGACAGCAUAUUACUACCAAGGAUUUCAUCACUUCUUUGUUACAUAUUGUACUAUACACAUACAUAGGAGAAGGCACUUCGUAUCCAUCCAUAUCAAGAUGAAGGAUGUUAUAUAUCUUAGUGUAUAACCCUUAACUGUAAUAUUGCUUCAUUGAUAUAUAUAUAUAUCAACAGAGACAUAACUACAAUGUAACCAAGAUAGUACAUGUAAUGGUUUUGG